AGUGUCAAUCUACGCUGACGUCCCGAAACAUAGAACCGGGGCCUAUAUCCGUAUGUUGAGCAGGGGGAUUUUCCCUUAUCUAUCGUGCACCUUUUAUUUGAUACACGAUCGAUGUGGAGGAGGAAGGUUUGCUAUUUGUUCGAUUAGUUGCUACCGAGGAAUACAUAUCUACCUACUUGAUCUACUUUGCCAUUUGUUUAUGAGGACACUGGGGUGAUGGUUUAUUUAAUGGAGGAACUACAAGUGUUCCACCGUAAGCUGUCACGAGUUUUAUAAUCAACAGUAUCAGUAAUAAAAAGUAAUAUUAAUCUUACUAGAGAAAGAGACACAUUGCGAUGAUCCGGAACGCCAUACGUGAUAGGACUAAAAUAACUGUUACAUAUUACUACAGCCCAUCCUGUUGCAGCAUUCAAUGAACUGAAUGGAAUUUUACCUUGAAAGCAUUUAAUCACACUCCGCAUGCACCGAUGCAGCGCUACAAUCCCAUCCACAAAACCAACGCAUCCACAUCAAAGCGCCAUAUGUGUAAUCGCAUCAAUAGGGAAAAUUUUCCAUCACCGGUUAUCGGAACCGGCCACCGUUUGGUGCGUGCUAUUGCUGAUACGAUGAAACAAACCGUCCUGUCAAAUUCUUCAGUUCGUCACCUCGCACCGGACCUACACCAAAGCAAGGCGCUAGUGAACGCAUCAAGCGUGCGUGCACUGCACGGGCUCCAUUACGCGACCGUCACUCAACCCGACAGUCGUCCGGCAGAGUAUACAGGCGGGACUGAUCUCUUUAUUGCCCUGAUAACGCGCCAGUAUGCGUUUGAUAAUCGGGUGCGACCUAGACGCUGCUCUCGCUUACUCUCCACGCUGCCACGAUGUCACGCGCACAUCCGAGCCACUCACCAGAGUUCGCUUCAAGCUGGCCACCGUCCCUACUUGUGCUCGUUCCAAUGCGCAGGGACGCAGCAUCAACUCCACUACCGAGUGGCCGGCCAACACAUACCCAAAUGCGUACACACGAUCAUGAAGCCAAACAAAUCAAAGCUUCCGUUUUGGGCGGAACGUUUCUUCGGUUCUUCGAGAAUGUGUCACGAGAUCUUCUGUAAACUAGUGUGCUAUUUUACUGGAAUGGUACGAACAUACUUCUCUUAUUCAAAUAUUUUCCUAUACACAAUAAGGCCAUAACGAGAGUUCGCUAGAAUAUUCUACUUCUCCUCAGCUCAACUAUCUGGCAUCUAGAAAUUUCUUGUGUCGAUGAAACUAUAUUGUUGAGUCAUCGAGCUAGAAGGCUUAUCAGGCCGUCUAACCAGUGAUGUAAGAUUGUAAUUUUAGUGACAAUUACCAAUAUGUACGGGAUGACAUUUGUCACUUGGUGUACGUGAUGAGAUCAAGACUUCAGGAUGCUUAGACGUAGAGUAUUAAGUAUAACCCUAGUCUAUUCUAGGGUUUGUAGGUUAAAUUGUACCAGUGUGUGGUACUAAACUCCAAACUCUACCAGAAUGCUAAAUUCUAGGCUAGACACGGUAUUAUAGAGACUGAACGCUAGAAUUUCAACAUAUUAAGAAUUUGCAUUAGAGAUCCUUGAAGAGAUUCAAAAUUAAGACGACAUCUUCAGAACAGCGAGAGAAUACUUCAGGUAUUGUACAAAACAAUAUCUUUGCAAUAUCCCAAGAGCAUUCAACAAUAACAUAUCAAACUCAGACACUCUAGGGUGCUAGACCAACCGCUAAUGAAAAGUAUUGCACGAUGCAGCGACAGAUGCAUUCCGCCUCCCCUAAAUGCAUUUGAACAUCGUACCCAAAAACGCUUCAACGCUUGAUUGUUGAUGUGAAGUUGAAGUUGAAACCUUUACCGAACAUCGCUACAGAUUUCGCAAAUGCUUCAAACCACAACACAUUUCGGAACGUCAACAAAUCUUCGCAUCACGUUACACACAUGAGCAAGGGGCAAGACCCACAUCCCACAGAGUAGCAGGCACAGUGCACAGAUAUGGUUGCAUUGCCCCGGGCCAUGGUUUGCAGUUGCAAGGUGUACAAAUAAUCACUACCGCUGGCCGGCUGGGUAGGUUUAUGUACUGAUCUAGAACGGGGAGUACCGGUGGUGUUGGAGGUAGUACAACACUAAAGCCGUCUAAACCGGACCAACAGGCGAUCGUACUGUGUGGUACGCAAUGCGCUAGAAGACGCAAUCACGCACAUUACGGAAAGGGACACCAACAGUCGUUAGUGUGUACAAGAGUCAGUUUAACUCCAGAUCAGUAUUAUCCAUGCUGUCUCACUUAUACACCCACAAACACACGCACACACGCUGGAUACGGUGUGGAACAACGGAGAUAUAGAAGGGGAUGUUUAGCUCGAAGAUCCCUACCCUGUCGGUGGGUGGUGUGGCGGUGGUUCACUCGUCAGCUGCGAUGACGACCACGAUCGCAUUCUGGCGUGACAGUGGCGCAUAAACGUCCUACACACUCGUGUACCGAGCAGACGGGAACCGUACGCCGUGCGGCAAAAAGCCAAAACCCGACCAGUCCCGUCCAGUUUGAUUAGAACAAUUUGGAUGAUAACAGUCCAUUCCCGAUCUACGGCUGAUUCGGAUGAUUCGGGCUAAUCUGAUUACUCUGAUCCCGUGCUGCCAGCCGAUCGGUACCGCAUCGGACGCUCCCGUUACGCGCUUCAUUAAAGUGUUGUCGUACCGCGAAUCCUGUGGGCGAUUCACCCAUCUUCAGGAUCGGUUGUGGCGGUAGCCUUCCUCUUGAAAAUCUUGAAGCCUUCCGCCAUUCGAAUCCAUGCAGUGUGUGCGGGUUAGCGGGUUUUAUCGUGCGUCCCAUCGUUUCUUUGUACGGUUUGAAAAAGUGCGUGUCGGGUGACAUCAGAGUGCGCCGAAAGUGACCAAGCGCGUACGGAUAUCAAUUGGAUUAGCAUUAAAUUGAACGCAGCACAUUAGCGCACACCAAGGGGACCCGGUGCCCAUUACAAGUGAUUUAUUCAAAUUAUGAGCCGCAAAAAGUUACGCUACACAACUGUCGCCUAACGGAACCGAUAGGCCGGCGUUUUGUUUUCUCUGUGCGGUUCUCAAGGUUGUCUAGAAAACGCUGUGUGUGUGUGAGAAUUUCUUUGCGUUUUAUGCGUUAUACUUGGAGAGAUAAAUAAAAUAAAUCCCAAACUAGAAAAAGGUAGUGCCAGUGGUAAGAAUCGAUAAGCAAAGUGCAAAACUCAGGGAAAGGAUAAGGAUGUAUCAACAAGGAAAGAUUGAUCAUUACCAUCAUGCAAUGCAAUUCGCUUGAAAGUGACCCAUCCAUAUGCCGAUCGCUCCAGUUUUUAUUACACGCCAUACUGAUAUUUAUUGUGCUAUAUUGACUUGUGAUAAGAGUCGCUACUAAGGUAGUCAAAUCGGUUCCGAAGACUUGUUACCGAUAGCAACAAAUACCUCGCGCUAUUGAUAAAUUCUUAAAUCAAAACGCAUCAUAACAAUUCGACAUUGUUUUAUACCACUUCGUAAAGGCGUCAUAAAGAUAUUUCCUUAAUAGACCAUACAAGAUCACCAAAUUGGAUCUUGUCCAAUUUUUUUUUUCAUGGUGCAAGUAGUAUAUACUUGAUGAUAAAGAUUUAGUUCCACCUUGAUAACAGCGCUCAAGUUCUCAACCAUAUUGUUUCUUUUUUUUUUGUUACGGCACAUAUGUUUUCCUUUUUUUUUUGUUGGCGGAUAGGAAGUUACUCCACACCAGGAAGAAAUCAUUCGCUUGCGCUUAUCAGCACUCUAUCAGCUUAUCAAAUUUUUGGGGAAACAUUGCCUUACACCUUCACAUAAAUAUAUUCUUUUCGGAGCACUCUCACAAGAGUCUCCGGUUGCCAUUUACGGUGGUAAUGAUCAAGCGUGAACAUCCUUCCUUUUCGCUGACCGUGAAAUGUAGCGGCUUGAGACACGCAGGUUAAACAACGACUGCUUUAGUUUUCAUACCCACAGUUCCAGUGACUCACACGACGGUGCGUACUGUGCUCGUUGCGCUGGAUGACGUUGCGAAGGUGUUGGUUGAUUGGUGCCGUGACGUUCUCCCGUGCGCAAUUGCUAGCGACCAAACAGACAACGCUGGAAAUGAGUUGAACGCGUCAAGGGGGGGAGAGAGUGUUUUUUUUUCUCGUCAAAGCGUACUAGCAUUACUAGGUAGUGCAUGUGCUAACGCCUUGGAACUACGGUAAGCGUAUGCUGUGCCGCAAGUGGAUAAGAAAAAGUGAAUGUACUACGCAAGGAACGUCGGUGUGGCGUAUCGAUAGCGCCACGCUACUACUGCACUGAUUACCGCGUGUACGCGGUAACGCAUCGGACCACCGGGACCGGGUGGUGGUGUUUCUAGUGCCGUACGGUAGUAGUGUGGAGAAGAAGCUCCACGAUCAGGUUUCCGUGAUCCCCACACCGGAACGGUAACCGGCAGCAUGCGGGGUAGUAUCGCCGGCAUUGAGGACGGUAUUACCGGCACACCGUUCAAACCGAGCUACCAUGGGCUGAUGCUGGAGCUGAUUGACUACCUGUAUGCGUCGCUGGUUGUGGCCCCGCUCGUGGUAUGCUACUGGCGGGGGACCUGGAAUCUGAUGGGCGAGUACAUCUACCCAUCGGACGUAACUACCAGCCUGAUCGUAUCCCUUGCCAUCGGUAUCGUCGGCCAUCUCGUGUUCAACAUCUUCCAAUCGACGCUACGGCAGUAUCUGAAUGCGGACAAACACCGGAUAGCGUACUACAUUGGGUCGCGCAUGUACACCACCAUCUAUGGGGUCGUAUGCGUUAACGGUUGGCGUGGUGGUUGGCAGCUGAUCGACCUAUACACAACACACGACGUCCUGUACGUGGUGCUCAUCACGCUCGGCUGUCUAUUUAUCCUGGCCUGUCUUAAGGGUGUGCGCAAUGUGAUGGGGACACCGUUUCUCAUCAUCAAUGACUCGAGACGGGAGUACUUUGACGUACCGACGUACUUCAAGCUAACGGGCUCGAAAGAUCCAGGACUUUACGUGCUGGACUGUAUGUUUAGCGUGCUAGUGAUCGGUUCGCUGGUGGUGUUUGUUUGGCGCGGCCUUUGGGUACUUCUGGAUCUGAAACUCUUCCCAGAAGAUCACGGCACAUCAGCAUGGGCAUCAAUAAUUAUAGGUUAUGGAGUGACUGGGGUGACCUUCUCGUUGCAGCCACUAAUGCGAUUUACCUGUGACCGGUUGACCGGUUUCUGGCGUGUGGUCGUCGCGGAUAUGUUCCUAUUCUUCAGCUUCAUUGGCACAAUCAACGUGUGGCGAGGUAUCUGGCAAGCGCUCGAUACAUUUUUUCUGCCAAACGAACCAUUGCUGAGCAAUUGGAUAACGCACGGUGCCGCACUGCUGCUGCUGAUUUUGCUGAACUGCUCCAACUCGGUGCUGGUGCGCGGUGUUUACAUCGAUGCAGAAGAACCAGCCGGGCAGUGUGUCGUUUUCCCCGUCUACUACAUCAGGCUGUUCUUCCAGAAGGAGCGCAAGAAGAAGCAGCGCCGCCUGUUCGAUGCACUCGAGCGGGCUGAUCUUAACAGUACUGGCGGUGUACUACAGGACAAGAAGCAUCAUCAUCCGCAACAUCAACUUCCGCAGCAGCAACAGCAACAGCAGCAGCAGCAACAAAAGGAACCGCAACAUCAUCAUCACAUCACUGCAGAUCAGAAUCAUCAGGUGAUCCGCAACCUGGAAGCCGUACCCCUUACCAUUAUAGACGAUCCAAAGAGCAACGGUGAUCACAGUAGUCAAGCGCCUAGAAUGUAAGCCUUACCCGUAAGAAGCACCUUGGACCUUAGAUCCAAACAAAGGAAAAAAAAGAAGCACUGAGGUUAGCUCAAUAGCCGGGCUAUUGUAGCAGGAACCAAAAAGGGUAGACCAAACCUAAAAAGCCCCAACACUUCUUCCCUGUGUAAUGUAUUUUCGUAUUACCGAGACUCCAGUUAUGCAUUCCACGCAAAGUAUUCAAAAUUGCUUAAAUAUAAAUAUAAUAUUUUGUUUUUCCCUUAGCACGAACUCUUCCCUCCCAGGAAAAUUACCAACCAAUCAGCAAUUAAAUCUCUUUCGCAUGCAUGUAGUUGUCGUUUAUACGUAUAGGUCCUUAAGCAAAACAACUCCUUGGAACCUAAAAUGUCUCCAAGAAAUCCUAGCAGUAUACCGUUGAAGUUGAAGAUGUAUGUUUUUAGCCGUGUAAGUAACCAUUAGCCGUAUUAGGAUGUUUUUUUUAUUGUUGUUCUGUUCCGUAUUCGAUUAAGGACUCAUACUCGCAUUAAUAGGCCCGGCCCCACACUGUAGUACGUGCGCGCUAAAAUUUAAGCCAUUAAGUUGCGAUCGAAGUUUGCGUUUUUUUUUUGGAAUUGGGAGUAGACACAACAACAGCAACAAAAAAUGCAACACAAAUGCUCCUAUUUAUAAAUGGAAUCCUAACAUUCGUUUUUUUUCUUUUGUAAAUAUACCCCAUGAAUCGAAAUCGUCA